AAUUGGGCUUCUGCAUCUCGAAUUUACCCCACGACUCGGUGCUCUGUUGCGGAAUGGACAUUUACGACAAACAUCAAGAUGGUGAUGAUCAAGGUGACGGCCGCCAGAGUUACUCGAGCACGCCCACCCCACAAUGCCCACCGCUGCUGCCACCACUGUUGUCAAUUAAUCGACUCCUCGCGCUCCAUUCCCGCGAACGAUUGCUAGUUCAUCCGCUGCGCUGGACUGACCGGCAGCCGGCCCUCCUUGGCUGCCGCAUCCAUUCCCACCACGACGAAGUCACCAACGCUACCGCCAAAGAAAACACUCGGGUCGCAUCGUCCAAAUCAAAUCCCUUCACCGACCGUCUCGCCAAACGACUGAAGUGCGAAAUGGGCCCGGGAAAUUUGGUUGGCACCACCGCACAACUCCUCGCGCCGCUUGACGCUCGCCUGUGCGUUAAGCUAAACCGGACUGUCAAUUUUUACUUCGAUCGACGCCCAAGUACCUGUAUUCGGGUCUGCUGUGUGUCAAUUCCAAUGCCGCAGCCCGACAUUCUCACCUUGACAUGCCUCGACUUCAACGAAACCAUGUUGGAGAGAGAGUUCUACUUUAGCCCGUCGGAGAACCCUCGCCACAUGGAUUGGGCGGGAUUACGCCGUGCUGACACCCUGAUAAAACUCCAUACCCCCAAGGAUCCUCAAAAAGAUCCGUUUGUGGUUGCCCUCGUUAUCGCCGUCGCGCAAGGGGAGCGCCGGCAUGCACCACAACCACUGCCUCCCGACUCCAGCUUCACACUGGGCCUCCUUCUUGACUUUUUCGAGUUAUAACCACUAACCAACAUCGGGGUUGUCUUCUAGCCCAGGUGCAAGCUUCCUUUCUUGAUAAGCUGGAUUACCCCGGUAAGGAUCCCGCGGUUAGCUCGAGCCUCGGCAUAGACCACUGGCACAUUCCAGCCGAG